CUCCGCUUCCACACGGAAGUUCCCGGGGGUCGUACAUCCCUCGCACUUCCGUCUUUCUCCUGUGAUCUGUCCGGGCGGUGGGGCCGCAGGGGACUCGGGCCGGGAACGGACAUGGACUCCGUGGCCUUUGAGGAUGUUAAUGUGGAGUUCACCAAGAAGGAGUGGGCAUUCCUGGAUCCGACCCAGAAGAAACUCUACACGGAUGUGAUGCUGGAAGCCUUCUGGAACCUGGCGUCAGUAGUGUGUAUUUUAGAAGAAAAAUGUGAAGACCAUGAUAGUGAAGAUCAGUAUGAAAAUCAGGGGAUGAAUCAUAGCAAUCAUACAGUAGAGAGACUUUGUACAAGGAAGGAUGGUAGUAAAUCCAGAGAACACUUCAGCCAGAUUCCAAAUCAUAAUGAAAAGAAGGAAACUCCUACUGAAAAAAAGCAAUCGAAGUCCAGAUUGUGUAGGCAAAUCUUCAUGCAUUAUUUAUCCUUGAAUAGCCACCUGAGUUCUCACAUUGGACCCAAGCUAUACCUGUGUCAGGAAUAUGAAGAAAACCCUUAUAAGUGGACGGAACCUGAGAAAGCUUUCAAGCACCAUCAGCAUAUUCGAAGACAUGAAGGCAGCCCCAGUGGGAAAGCUUUUCACUACUCAACUUCCCUUAGAAAUCAUGAAAGGACACAUAUUGCUGGGAAACUAUAUGGGUGUGGAAAAGGCUUUGGUCAUCUCGUUUACUCUAAAGUUCACAAAAAUACUGAUAGUGGAGAGGAACCAUAUCAAAGUAAGCAAUGUAGCAAUGCUUUCAGGUCUCCCAAGUACUCUGGAGAAAAUGAAAGAAGACACACUGGAGAAAAGCCCUACCAAUAUCAGAAAUCUGGAAAAGCUUUCAGUUCCACUUCUUUUACAAAUCAUAAAACUACACAUACUGGCAAGAAACCUUAUAAAUGUAAGCAAUGUGGCAAAGUCUUCAAUUUGCGCAGCUCUCUUAGAAAACAUAAAAUAAGUCAUUUCGAAAAGCAGCCUCAUGAAUGUAAGGAAUGUGGUGAAACAUUUCCUUAUCCCUCUUUACUUAGAAGUCAUAAAAUAAUUCAUACUGGUGGAAAACCCUAUGAAUGUAAGCAAUGUGGUAAGUAUUUAUCUAGUCCAGCUUCCCUCCGACGUCAUGAAAGAAUUCAUACUGAGGAAAAGCCAUAUAAAUGUGAGCAGUGUAGUAGAGCUUUCUAUGAUCAGGAUGUCCUGCAACGUCAUAAAAGCAUUCAUACUGGGCAAAAACUAUAUAAAUGUGAGCAUUGUGGUAAAGUUUUAUCUAAUCAAACUUCCCUCCGACGUCAUGAAAGAAUUCAUACCCGGGAAAAGCCAUAUAAAUGUGAGCGGUGUGGCAGAGCUUUCUAUGAUCAGGAUGUCCUGCAACGUCAUAAAAGCAUUCAUACUAGACAAAAACCCUAUAAAUGUCAGCAUUGUGAUAAAGUUUUAUAUAAUCGAAUUUCCCUCCAUUGUCAUGAAAGCACUCAUACUGGGGAAAAACCAUAUAAAUGUGAGUAUUGUGGCAGAGCUUUCUAUGAUCAGGAUGUCCUGCAACGUCAUAAAAGCAUUCAUACUGGGCAAAAACUCUAUAAAUGUGAGCAUUGUGGUAAAGUUUUAUCUAAUCAAACUUCCCUCCGACGUCAUGAAAGCAUUCAUACUGGGGAAAAACCCUAUAAAUGUCAGCAGUGUGACAAAGCUUUCUGUGAUCGAGGUGCCCUCAAUCGUCACGAAAGAACUCAUACUGGGUUAAGACCCUAUGAAUGUAAGCAUUGUGGUAAAGGUUUUGAUUUUCCAUUUUCUCUCCAAGAUCAUGAAAUGAUUCAUAGUGGGGUAAAACCCUAUGACUGUAAGCAUUGUGGAAAAGCCUUCAGUUAUCUACAGUCCUGUCGAAGGCAUGAAAGAACACAUAUGAAAGAAGACCCUGGAAAUAGUGGGGUAAAACCCUAUGUAUGCAUUCAGUGUGAUAAGGUUUUCAGUCUUUCCGGUUAUCUUAAAAUUCAUGAAAGAAUUCAUACUGGGGAAAAACCCUAUGAAUGUAACCAUUGUGGUAAAGCUUUCUCUGAUCCAAGUUCCUUCAAACGUCAUAAAAGAAUUCAUAAUAAGGAAAAACCCUGUUAAUGUAAGCAAUAGGGGAAAUUUUUUAUUCAUCCCAGAUCCCUUCGAAUUCACAGAAACCUUCAUAGUGUAGACAAAUCAUAAUGAAAGAACUCAUACUAAAAAUAAGCUCUAUCGUUGUAAAGAUUGUAGAAAAGCCUUGGAGUAUUCUAGUACUUUUUUUUAUCCUCACCUGAGGAUAUUUUUCCAUUGAGAGAGUGGAAGUCAGA